UAACCCCACAUUAUGCCCCACCUCUUUCCUCCCUCCUCUUCCCUCCUCUUGCGCCUCUUCCUUCUUCUUUCAUUUUUUUACUCAUCAGGACUUCUCGCAGAGUUCUACGCUCCUACCGUAGCCUGACCUUUUUAUUGUAUUCAAAUCCCAAGAACGCAACAAAAUUCUCCUGGAAAAUCCCAACUUUUUCUUUCUUUUUAAUUUCACAUUCAAGGCAAGAAAACGGAAUUUUUAUUCCACCAUAGCCAACAGGACGACUUUCUUGGUUUCUACUUUCUUGAGCAUCGCUUAACCAAUUUAAAGAAUCCGUUUAGCAUUGCCUAUAACGCUUAACCAAUACAAAGGAUACGCCGAGGCUGAUUUUAUUGUGCUAUAAUGGCCGGAAACGAAUGGAUUAAUGGGUACCUGGAGGCGAUACUGGAUAGUGGGGCGGGUGCUAUUGAAGAGCAUAAGCCGGCGCCGCCUGUAAAUCUGAGCGACAGGGGGCAUUUUAAUCCGACUAAGUACUUUGUGGAGGAGGUGGUCACUGGAGUCGAUGAGACUGAUCUGCACAGGACGUGGAUUAAGGUGGUUGCCACCCGCAACACCCGCGAGCGAAGCUCCAGGCUCGAGAACAUGUGCUGGCGUAUUUGGCACCUCACUCGCAAGAAGAAGCAGUUGGAAUGGGAGGGACAACAAAGACAGGCAAGUCGAAGAUGGGAACGGGAAGAAGGAAGAAGGGACGCAACCGAAGAUCUGUCAGAGGACUUGUCAGAAGGAGAGAAAGGGGAUAUCGUGGGAGAGAUGUUGCUAAGUGAGACCCCAAGGAAAAAAUUCCAGAGAAACUUUUCCAACUUGGAAGUUUGGUCGGAGGACAAAAAUGAAAAGAAACUCUACAUUGUCCUUAUCAGUUUACAUGGUUUGGUACGUGGAGAAAAUAUGGAGCUUGGUCGAGAUUCUGACACUGGUGGACAGGUCAAAUAUGUGGUAGAACUUGCUAGAGCACUUGCUAGAAUGCCUGGGGUGUAUAGGGUAGACCUUUUCACUCGCCAAGUUUCCUCUCAUGAAGUUGACUGGAGUUAUGGUGAGCCAACAGAGAUGCUAACUUCAGGAUCUGAAGAUGCUGAUGGCAAUGAGGUUGGAGAAAGCAGUGGGGCAUAUAUUAUUAGGAUUCCCUUUGGUCCCCGUGAUAAGUACCUCAGGAAAGAAUUACUUUGGCCCUAUAUUCAGGAAUUUGUGGAUGGGGCUCUUGCUCAUAUUCUUAAUAUGUCAAAAGUUUUGGGUGAGCAGAUUGGAGGGGAUGGCCCUGUGUGGCCAUAUGUCAUUCAUGGUCAUUAUGCUGAUGCAGGCGAUAGUGCUGCACUUUUAUCAGGUGCUUUAAAUGUGCCAAUGGUAUUAACAGGACAUUCACUUGGAAGAAACAAGCUUGAACAGCUUCUUAAGCAGGGUCGGCAAUCAAAGGAAGACAUCAAUUCAACAUAUAAAAUAAUGAGGAGGAUAGAAGCAGAAGAGCUCGCACUUGAUGCUGCUGAACUAGUGAUCACAAGUACCAAACAGGAGAUUGAAGAGCAAUGGGGACUUUAUGAUGGAUUUGAUGUGAAGCUUGAAAAGGUUUUGCGUGCUCGCUCUAGAAGAGGUGUCAAUUGCCAUGGCCGUUACAUGCCAAGGAUGGUGGUUAUCACUCCUGGUAUGGACUUCAGCAAUGUUGUGGUUCAAGAAGAUGCUCCAGAAGUUGAUGGGGAACUUGCAUCACUUAUUGGUGGUUCUGAUGGUUCCCCAAAAGCAAUCCCUGCAAUAUGGUCUGAAGUGAUGAGAUUCCUUACUAAUCCUCACAAGCCAAUGAUUUUGGCCUUGUCAAGGCCUGACCCAAAGAAAAAUAUUACUACGUUACUGAAAGCCUUUGGAGAGUGCCGUCCAUUAAGAGAGCUUGCCAAUCUCACACUAAUCAUGGGAAACAGGGACGAUAUAGAUGAGAUGACAGGUGGAAAUGCAAGUGUUCUCAUGACAGUAUUGAAACUGAUAGACAAGUAUGAUCUCUAUGGGCUAGUUGCAUAUCCAAAGCAUCACAAGCAAUACGAAGUUCCAGAUAUUUAUCGGCUUGCUGCAAAGACAAAGGGAGUUUUCAUAAACCCAGCAUUGGUCGAGCCUUUUGGCCUUACCUUAAUUGAGGCUGCUGCACACGGGCUUCCUAUGGUGGCAACUAAAAAUGGUGGCCCAGUUGACAUCAAUCGAGCAUUGAACAACGGUCUACUUGUGGAUCCUCAUGAUCAGCAAGCUAUUGCUGAUGCACUACUUACAUUGGUAUCAGAGAAGAAUCUAUGGCAUGAGUGCAGAAAGAAUGGUUGGAAAAAUAUACACCUUUUCUCAUGGCCAGAACACUGCCGCACUUACUUGACUAGGGUAGCAGCAUGCCGAAUGAGGCACCCACAGUGGCAAACUGAUACUCCAGGAGAUGAGAUGGCUGCUGAAGAGUCAUCUCUCAAUGAUUCCCUGAAGGAUGUGCAAGAUAUGUCUCUUAGGCUCUCAAUUGAUGGCGAUAAAUCUUCAUUAAAUGAAUCACUCGACUAUUCAGCAGCAGCUGCAGGUGACCCGGAGAUACAAGCUCAAGUAAACCAGGUAAUGAGGAAGAUCAAGAAACCAGAGGCUGGCCCAAAAGAUGCUGAAGGUGGAAAGAAUGAGACUGGCAUGAGCAAGUAUCCCAUGUUGAGGAGGCGACGAAGGUUGAUUGUAAUAGCUCUUGACUGCUAUGGCGCUGAAGGGGCUCCUGAAAAUAAGAUGAUUCAAGUUGUGCAAUAUGUAAUUAAAGCUGUUAGGUCAGACUCACUAUUUGCAAGAACAUCAGGGAUUGCUUUAGCUACAGCUAUGCCAUUGUCAGAAACAGUAGAAUUCUUGGCAUCGGCAAAGAUUCAAGUAAAUGAGUUUGAUGCAUUGAUUUGUAGCAGUGGUAGUGAAUUGUAUUACCCUGGAACUUAUACUGAAGAGAAUGGAGAACUUUUACCGGAUCCAGAUUAUGCAUCACAUAUAGACUACCGCUGGGGUUGUGAAGGUCUUAAAAAAACCAUCUGGAAGCUAAUAAACACAACUGAAGGUGCAGAACAAUCUAAAGGAUCAUCCAGCCUCAUCGAGUUAGAUUCAAAAUCAAGCAAUGCCCAUUGCGUCGCAUACUGGAUCAAGGAUCGCAAAAAGGUUAUGAAAGUGCAUGAUUUGAGGCAAAAACUAAGGAUGCGGGGUCUUCGUUGUCAUCCAAUGUACUGCAGGAGCUCAACAAGGAUGCAAAUCAUUCCUCUCUUGGCAUCUCGAGCACAGGCGCUGAGGUACCUUUUCGUCCGUUGGAGGUUGAAUGUUGCAAACAUGUAUGUAAUUCUUGGUGAAACUGGAGACACUGACUAUGAGCAAAUGGUAGCUGGGGCUCAUAAGACCAUAAUAAUGAAAGGUGUGGUGAUAAAAGGAUCUGAAGAAUUGCUAAGAUCCAUGGAGUUAAAAGAUGACUUUGUUCCUAAAGAGAGUCGCUUGAUUGCACAUUUGAGUGGUGAAUCAUCAGCCAGUGAGAUCGCUGAAGCUUUGAAGCAAGUAUCAAAAGCUACUGGGAUGUGAGAUGCAUGGCAGUUCAUAUUUGUUUCUAUGUGAAAUUUAUUGUAUUCCUUUUUGUUAUUAAAACAAAGAUGGUAUCUUCCCAUUCCUCUCCAUUUUCUAACGUGUCACAAUGUAGCAUACAGUGACACUCCACUAUAGCAAUUUGCUUUCUUGCACUGUAUAAAAUUUAGUCUGCAAUAAUUCAACCCCA